GCUGUAAAAGACGGAGAAUAUGCCCCCACUGAGAACUGAGUGUUCGUCCAAUGACGCCAGAAGGGUUGAGACAUUAGUUUGAAGCGCGAACAGUUUGAGUGAAUAGGAAAAUGGCGAUUUCGACUUAGCCUAACUUUUACCUUGUAACGUUAGUGAUUGUAUUUCAGAGCUGAAGUACAUGUCGUUUUGUAUUUAGCGGUACGUUAAUUGUAGGUGUUUUGUUUAGUAUACACGAAGACCAUUACCAAACUUGCUAGGCUGCUCUUGUCAACAAAGGACUUCAAACUUAGCCUUUUCCAAAACAGCGCUUGCUAGCUAGCGGGACUAGCUAACGUUAACUUUUGAUAUCUGUUAGCUAUGAGGUUAUUUUCGCUGUCAUUAGUCAGACAGAUAUUUGAUAGCUAACAGACAGCAUGAUGAUAAGGUUGUAGGAUAUAAACAUAGUGAACUAGUCAACCUUUACCUGAACGUAAGGGUUAACCCUCGAAAAGCUGCUCCGCUAAGACGAUGCUUGCUAUGUUUGGUUUACUGAAUUGUGUGUCUUGCCUAGCUAACUAACAAUUUGCGGGCCUCUUGUUAGCUUGGGUGGCCGAUAUGGCUUCGCAUAAUGUGGUUUUUGUUAUCGACGUUGAUCAGCAAAUAGAGUUCGCAGUAAACGGCAGCAGUGCUGGUCCGCAUCCUCUGAAACAAUGGAUCCUAAGGAUUUUACUGUAUUUUGGAAACAAAUAUGGGAUCGAGAAGGUGCGAUGGGGAUACAAAUUAUUUUAUUCACGGGUUCCCCGGAGUAAUAAUUUGAUUUCGAGGGGCUCUGAUCUUAGGGAAAUUACAGAAAAGUCGUUUGAUGAUUUUGAGUCGGAAUUCUCAUCGAAAUUCGAUGGAAAGUCAAAGUCUCGUUCCCAUCAAAAACUUCAGACCACCCCUGCUGCUGCGGUCCAUAAUGCGACAAAAGAGGCUUUGCUAGAUAUUCAGUGGGACAGGCCAGAUAUCACAUCACCCACUAAGCUGACGGUGCGUCCCAAAAGAGCAUGUCGUUUUGGAAGAACUGCUGCAUCACAAGACGAUGAACUGUCAAAUCAAGGCAACAAUGUCUUGUUUGUGCUCACGCGGUGUCCGCAUUCAAGAGCUGACAUGGAUGAGUUUGUUUUUCCCCGUGGCAAUAACAGUUGUGGACUUAAAGACAUGUCUGAGCACAUUCUAAAUAAAGGGCUGCAAGAUAUACUUCUUAAACGUCGAGUUGUCCUCCACUGGAUGGACAUUACACCUUAUUCUAAGGCAGUAACUAGUGAAGAUAACCUUGGAACUGACAUGAUAAAUGAUGCCUUGAGACAAAUUGGUGGCAGUGUGGUGCCCAUGGAUGCCUUGCACUCCGUCUGUCACCCGAACCCUCCGGUGGGCUCAAAGCAGGGGUGCCCACCUGUUGGUGAGGGGAGAGCUGUCUUUCCACUGGACACCAGCAUCAGCUACAUCUUCAACUCCAAGAAGCUGCAUCUUCUCGCCUUCCCAUUUGUUGGAGGGGUUCUCCAGUGGGGUCAAGAUGAAAAUGCACUGACCGGUGAUGUCUCCCUGAAGCCAAUGUCUAACAGACAGUCUCAACUUUCUGCACCAGUGGUGAUCACACUGAGAGCGUUGUUAUCUAACUGGGACUCACACAUUGUGGAACAAACUGUCCCAGAGUGUUGGAUGUUACAGGCUGUAGAUGAUCAGCCUGAUUUGAGGCACCUCAUGAAGGAGAUUUCAACUCAAGGAAUUUCCGUGAUGGCAGAUGUCAGCUGUGGGGGCCUGACGCACUCCGCUGUGUUGUCGCCUCUCUCAACCCACACAGCUUUGCUAACUGUUCUGCGGCCCCUUAUGGUCCCAGGCAACGAGCCUGUGACCCCUGACCUGGUCUCGCAGGCGGCUGAUGAGGAGCUUUCUGACCUGCCUGAUGUAGUUAACAGUGUGCUGAGUGUAGUGUACGACCUCAUGAAGGAUGAAGAUCAUUGUGACGAGAAGACAAACAACUGCCAGAUCCCUGACUGGGCCAGCCAGGAGCUCAGGCAUGGGUCCAGCUCUGUUUCGACAGGGUUGGUUGAGUACUGGUUUCCAGAUUCGGAUGAAUCAGGGAUCAGCGCUAACCUGAUGGAGUCGAUGAGGCUGCUUCAUGCUGCCCCUGACGAGGCAGAGCUCGACCAGGGAGAGGAGCUGUCAGGCCCCCAGCAGGAGCUUUUCAGUGGUCUGUCUGAGCUCUAUCAGACCAGCACCUCAGAGGGCAACCCCAAGGGCAAGAAACGUGGCGCUCAGCGCACACCCGUGAGGCAGAAGAUGAAGACGAUGAGCCGCUCGCUGCAGAUGCUGAACUUUGCUCGGCUGAAUGUGAAGGCCCAAAAGAGCAAUGCAGACUCAGAGCCCUUGGGGAGUAGUAAGGGGUUGGAGAGGACGGGUAAACGGAGAUCAGGGGACCAGGCUAAAGGCAGCUCUGCCACCAUGCACUUCAAGAGUGAAGCUGAGCUGCUGUCACAGCUGGAGUCCAGUUAUCAGAAGGCAGUAGAGGAAAGGCACUGUUCUUUCCACUCUGUUGUACAGAAUCUGCUGAUGAUGGUGAAGACAUUCUUGAAAAGCACAAAUUCCUCUGAGGAACUCGCCUCAACUUUAAUUGAGAAGAGCCUCUUAAAAUCGUGUAAAUCUGUCCGGCAGCUCUAUGGAGACGAUCCAGACGCUGAGAGCAAAGUCAGAGAGUGCCAGUUACAGGCAGUACUGAGGCUAGAGCUCUGCCAACAGAUGGCCUCCAUCCCAGAACAUGGUGACCGUUUGGAAGAGAUGGCGGAAGAGGUUGCCGAUAUGUUAAGGGCAAUCUCUUUGUCCAGAGAUCCUGUCUAUCUAGCCAAGUUCAUGCAGGAUGAAAUUAUGUCAGCGUACCUGACAGCCAUCCCUCGCAUCCUUGCCGACGUAUAUAACAGCCUUGGUACCCAACUGCCCGAGGCGCUCGUUGAUGUGCUGCCUUCGGACUUCUUCAGUGAUGAAUCUGUGCAGAAGGACAGUGUGUCUCCCACAGCCUCUUCUGUCUCUACAACGCAAAAUCCUGCCUCUGCUACCGGGGAGCGUCUGGAUGAGCUACGCAGUCGUUCAGCACGCAAGAAAAGAAGUGGGAUGCUUACACGCCAUCGAAGCAUGACUGAGGCAUCUCAGACUCUCCGUCAAAUUGAAAUGCCCCGAAAAUCUACCAGGGCCACCAAACCAAAGUUGAGCAUUUCUGUUGAGAAAAGGAACCUUGAACAACCUCCACCUCAAAAGCAAGAAGUACAAGAAGUAACAAAAGUGCGCCGAAACCUCUUCAAUCAAGAGACACCGACCAAGAAGUCCAAAAUGCCCCGUAGUCAGUCUGUAUCAGCUGUGGAGGGACUGAAGAAACGCAAGCGCUCGCAGAUGACUGACAACAGCGAUAACCUUGCUCUCUUGACAAAGAAAGUGUCUGAGACGCCUCGACACAAGCAGGUUUCCAAUAGACUACUGCACAGACAGAUGACUGGCAGGAGAUCAGGUGAAAGUGAUGUGAGCAUUGUGGAGGAAUCACCAGUUAAACCGUCAUCAGACGUGAGGAGAAGCCCCAGGAUUAAGAACUUUGCCCGGAGGCAUUCCAGUGUGUUCUAUUCCAGCUCUCAGCCACGCUCCAGAAAUUUGGACCGAGUUCUGUCCUCAUCCCAGCUCUGCAAUAGUGAAGGCCGCAUAGGAAGUAUUAGUGUUGGUGCAGUGAAGUCUCCUGUGCGACUGCUCUUUGGUGCCGCCAAGUCCCCUGGAAAACCUUCUACGUCCUCGGGAUCCUUUGGUAGUAGAAGCAGCCGGAGGUUACAGAUUGGGUCCACUGAGUCUGAUGUCUUUGAGAGUCCCAAUAAGACGCCGAGAAAAUCACCACGUAAAACACCAACCAAAUCUCACAAGCUUCCGCCAGGUGUUGUGGGGAGCGGAACUCCUAGAACACUUCGUUCGUCUGCUAUGGCCUUAGGCUCCCCAGGCUCUCAGAGACCAGGCACAGAAGCGGCAAACAGCCAGACCCUCCGUGGGAGCCCUUACAGAGCCUCAGCUCAAAGGGACCUAGUCCUGAAAACCCCGAAAAAGGGCCCGCUGCAAGGAAUUCUUAGAACCCCAGUGAAAAAAGACAGCCCACUGAAAGGAAUUCUUAGAACCCCAGUGAAAAAAGACAGUCCACUGAAAGGAAUUCUUAGAACCCCAGUGAAAAAAGACAGUCCUCUGAACGGGAUUCUCAGAACCCCAGUGAAAACCUUUCUUGACUGUGUCUCCCCUGGUGGUGCCCAGAUGUUCCAGAGCCCCAGCAUUAGAACACCAAGAAAGAGUGUGACCUGGUCUCCCUCGCCUCGGAAACUGCAAGUAGAUGCUACCAGGUCACCUUUCAAAGUUCCGGAAUCUCCACGCUUUCCCACUCGAAUGUCACCAAGGUUGCUGACGCCAAGCAAAUUCUGUAGCCCAAUGAAGGGUGUAGGACAUGGAACAAAUGUUUUCAAGACACCAGAAAAAUCACCUCAGCAAAUCAACCAAACGUCUCCAGUAAUACCACACCAAAACGUGCCUGAACGGCUUCUGAGGAAUCUGUACUCUCCUUUAAAAGCAGUAGAAGAGAUGACAUCAUCUGGAAUACAAAAUACAAAUACUACAAAGUCUCCCUCUACGCCGAAGAGCAAGACCUUGUCGCCAGGGACAACUCACUGCAUGCUGAGGCGCUCUUCAGGAACACCACUAAAGGACUCCCUCGUUCAGUCUCCUUACAAGACAGCGAGGACGCCAGAGAGAGUAUGUGUAACCUCAGAGAAAUCAGAUACUCUACAUGCAAGACUUAAGGAAAUCCAGUGUGAGAGGGAAGAUGUUGCUCAAGGGAGGGUGUACAGUCUCCGAAGAUCAUCAACUCAUGAGAGUCUACCUUUACAGAGAAAUGGGAGAAGCCCCAAAAACUCAAAAGUAGAAUGUAAAACGCUUGAAGCAAAGGGCCUACAUUUUCAGUCUGGUUCCAGCCAGUCAGCUGAAGGAGGGGUACAGGACAGCUCUUCCACAGACUUUCAGCACUUUGAUUCGUCCCAGUUCAGUCCAGCUACGACUGAGGACGAGAGCAUUGACAUCUCUGAGGCCUCUGUAGUGAGAACCCAGCUCACUGGUGGACUAAAGAUGAACAUUUCCUUUUCCAGGAAGUCAUCCAAGUCCUCAGAGGUGUUUGAGUUUGCAGGCUCACAGAACACUGAGGCUGUUGCCACCACGCCCUCAAAGAGUUAUGGUUUCCGUCAGACUCCAGACCGUAGGCAGAGAGAGGCGGCAGCCCGCCUUGGUUACUCUACAGCGUUUCCAAAGGUCUCAACCCCACGAGCUUCAAAAACUCAGCAGAAGACCGCUAGUACUCCAAACACCCUCACCUAUCAAGUAGAGCUGGAGAUGCAGACCUCUGGGCUUCCUAAGCUCAGAUUUAAGCGCACAGACUCUUUCAGUGCUGGGGAUGUCUUUGGUGAUGGUAUGGCUAAAGUGGGCUCUCCCAAUGUCAGGUUUUCCAAAACGGCUCGAGUUGACAGCCCUUUGGCGCACUGCGCCAAACACCGUGAUUCUGGCUGCCGAUCGCCAUCACUGUGCUCCCGUGGAACCCCUGCCAUAACCACACCGGGUAAGGGAAGCAUACAGACAUACAUAUGUCAGUCCUACACACCCACACACACCCCAACUGGCACGCCGUCCCCAACGGGUGCAGGCGAGCCAAUCCCCUGGACCCCAUCCCCACAAAGUCGGCCAGACGGCCUAAACAGUUGGCCCCGCAAGAAAAGAGUUGGAGUGGUAAGCAACAAGGACCAAGGAAUAUGGGGGCAAACUUUACAGGAGGAGUUGGAGGAACUUGAGGACCCAGAGCUGGAAGGAGUGUUCAGGUUGCAGGAGGUGGAGGAGGGCAAGGACCUUGGCUUCACCUCCAGGAAGAGAAGAGGUGAGCCGUCUCCUGCUAAAGGGCUGGCUAACGUUCCACUUGACCAAGCUGAAGAUAUGGACUGGACAGAGGCUUUGGUCCCACAGUUUGACACCAAAGAUGCUCUAAGAUGUGAUGAUAUUCAGUGGCUCUCUGGAAAAGACUCUAUAAGUGCAGUAGUGACUCCUCCCAGCUCCAAAGUAAAGAAACCAGUGUCUGCUAGUGGCAUACUGGCUCUCACGCAGUCACCACUGUUAUUCAAAGGGAAAACCUCAUCAGCCACCAAAAGAACCACGGAUGGCGAAGAUGAAUCUCGAAAGAAUGUCCUUUUUGAGGUGGAUCAAUCCCCUUUCAGUCAGUCACAUCGCCAAACAGCCCGUGGAAGAACCUACAGCAGGAAAAGACUGCUUGAUUAAUUUUAACGUUCUUUAGCCUCAGCUGUCAGAUGUCUGAUACAGUGGUAGGCAUUUGUCUGUACUGUUCAGUGUCCUACACCUUUUACACCUGUUACUUAUUUAGUUAAGGGUUGGAAUAUUUUCUGAAAAGGAAAUCGUAUGAUUGUACGUUUUAUUGUUGUAGACUACAUCAAGUCUGUCGUCUUUUUUAUAGAUCAAGGUUGAAUGAUUCUUCUUAAUUUAUUUUUUGCUGUUUUAAUAUGGACUUUAAUUUGUAUGUUCUUUUAAAUGAAAAAGACUUGUACAUAUGUUACAUAAUGUGUAAAUUUAACAGAUUAUUUUAAUAAAGAAAUCUUGAACCACA